UUCCACCCAUUCCCAAAACAAGGUCUCGUCGCGGCAAAACCACACGACCUUUUCCCUCUCCGACCGACCCCCUACUUCCCUAGGGUUCGAAGCUUCUACAUGGUCACGUGGGCACCCGGGGGGCGCCUCGCAGGCGAGGUCUUGCGGCCCGCCGCCCGGGCCGCCGCAAAUGGAUUCCUCUCUGGGAGACUGCGGCGGGUAGCAGUUACCCGCCGCUGGCGGGGGACCGGCGUCCGGUGCUGCGCGGUUGGUAACUCCGGCUCGGGCGGCGCCGCCGCCGCUGUGGACCCCGGGGAGGAGUUUGUAGGGUUCUUCCGGGAGGCGUGGCCAUACAUCCGGGGCCACCGCGGGAGCACCUUCGUGGUCGUCAUCUCCAGCGAGGUGGUGUCCGGGCCACAUUUCGACCGUGUUCUGCAGGAUAUCUCACUUCUCCAUGGUCUGGGGAUCAAAUUUGUUCUUGUUCCAGGAACACAUGUUCAAAUUGAUAAGUUGCUGUCAGAAAGAGGGAAGAAGGCCAAGUAUGUUGGUCAGUACAGAAUUACUGAUUCUGAUUCAUUAGAAGCUGCAAUGGAGGCAGCUGGUAGAAUACGGUUGACAAUAGAAGCAAAACUUUCUCCGGGUCCUCCAAUGUUAAAUCUCCGUAGACAUGGUGUUAUUGGACGCUGGCAUGGUCUUGUGGAUAACGUUGCAAGUGGCAACUUCCUUGGUGCUAAGAGAAGAGGGGUGGUUAAUGGUAUUGACUACGGAUUCACUGGUGAAGUUAAGAAAAUAGAUGUUUCGCGGAUAAGAGAGAGGCUUGACAGCGAUAGCAUAGUUGUUGUCAGUAACAUGGGGUACUCGAGUUCGGGGGAAGUGUUAAAUUGCAACACCUACGAGGUUGCUACUGCAUGUGCGUUAGCAAUGGAGGCAGAUAAACUUGUGUGCAUUGUAGAUGGUCAAAUAUUUGAUGAGCAUGGACGAGUUAUUCAUUUCAUGUCUAUUAAAGAAGCUGAUUUGUUGAUUAGAAAGCGUGCUAAGCAAAGUGAUAUUGCUGCAAAUUAUGUCAAGGUUGUGGAUGAGGAGGGUAUCAAUUCUCUACACAAGGGGGUAUAUAAACCAUCAAUGAGUGUUAGGGCUCUUGUAAACGGGUAUGCUGCUUCUUUUCAAAACGGUUUGGGCUUUAAUAAUGGGAAUGGUAUUUAUUCUGGUGAGCAAGGGUUUGCUAUUGGUGGUGAAGAGCGGUUAAGCAGAUCAAAUGGUUAUCUUUCUGAGUUGGCUGCAGCAGCAUAUGUAUGCCACGGUGGUGUUCAAAGAGUUCAUAUCAUAGAUGGAACUGUAGAUGGAUCACUGCUAUUAGAAUUGUUUACAAGAGAUGGUGCAGGAACAAUGAUAGCUAGGGAUGUUUAUGAAGGAACAAGGAUGGCUACAGCUGAAGAUCUUCCUGGCAUAAGGAAAAUUAUCCAACCACUGGAGGAUUCUGGCAUUUUGGUUCGGAGAACAGAUACAGAGCUUCUUGAAGCAUUGAACUCGUUUUAUGUUGUUGAAAGAGAUGGUUCAAUCAUUGCUUGUGCUGCUCUGUUUCUGUUUCCUGAGGAAAAAUCUGGUGAGGUUGCUGCAAUUGCUGUAUCUGAAGAAUGCAGAGGAAGAGGUCAGGGGGACAAGUUACUUGAUUACGUCGAGAAGAUGGCGUUAUCGCUUGGUCUUGAGAAAUUAUUCUUGCUUACUACCCGGACUGCAGACUGGUUUGUGCGGCGUGGCUUCUCUGAGUGCUCCAUAAAUUAUAUUCCUGAGCAGAGGAGAAAACGUAUCAAUUUGUCACGUGGAUCCAAGUAUUACAUAAAGCAGCUCCAGCCAAAGCAUGGUGGUGUUACAACGAACAACUUUGCCAUCAGGUGACACAGUAUUCAUGUGACAUGGUGCAACUUGAGAAGAUGUCGGCAAUGAUUAUAUUAAUUUUGCUCCUUGCCGAAAGAAAAACUCGGCCGGGUGGGGAAAGACCGCCCCACCGGUAUUAUCUAAGAGAAGACUCGGCUUCCCCGACCGAGAAAAUCCCCGAACCCUGGCCCCGCCCUGACACUGGGAGACGUAACCCCUGGGGACUACCUGCCUGGGCCAUGUAAGGGUCCUCAGGCCGACCUGGGGCCGGCUCACAACCAAUGCUUUGGCACACAGGGCCAGCGAGGGGAUUUUUUUACCCUCAGCCUAAAAUUCGCUCCCACGGGGAGUCGAACUCAGGACCCGAGGGGUGCCGCCGGAGUGACUAACCAACUGAGCUAGCAUCCUUUGGCUUGCCGAAAGCACAAUUUCAAACAGAAACAGGACAACUUUUACUGACAGUGAUUUUAAGCGAUAGUUAUCUUCACAUUUGCAUGUGUAAUUGAAAUCUGUUUUGACCACAGAAAUGAGGCAGAGAACAAAUAGCUGAUUGAAUUCUGUGUAUACCUUGUUAACAAGCAAUGUUACAAUACUACCAGAUAGAGGUAAGAGGUAUGCAGUCAGAAUUAACUACCUUUUGUUGCUUUUUGUAAAAACUAGCUAAAUAACGGGUGCAUCAUAUAGCUGUGAAAAUA